CAAGCCGUCGCGUCAACAUCGGAAUUUUGGAACCCGACUUUCGGGACGAAGUGUUUGGUUUAACUUUUUGGGAAGUUUUUGGAGUUGUGCAUUGUUUGGGCGGGAUUAGUAGAAGGGGCAGGAGAGACUGGCUUCCACGGUUUGGACAUUAUGUAAUAAUUAAUUUCAAUUACAGACUAAUUGAAUUAAGCGGGAGAUUUCAGUGUUUUUGUGCAUAUUAAAAUUAAAACUUUUCCUAUUGGAUUCAUUGUGUUUUAGUGAGCUCAGGAUUGAAUCCGUUUCCUGUUGGAUUACAUGGUGUCAUUUGGUGGAAUUAUACCAACGACUGAAAAGUUUUCGCCACACAAUCGAAGCAAUUAAUUUGCAUCGCAAACAGGCGUGCAUCCACAAAGUGCAUCUCAAACCACCCGAAUGAAUAACUGUGCGGCUUAAGUGCUUCGUUGGCACUAUCUCAUCGCAGCAUAGCAGUGCAAAAUGUAUGCAUCGUGAUCGGUGUGGGUGGCAAGAAUGCAAUGGGUCUAGUUCAUCAAAUUUAACAAUGCCUCUUCCGGGUGGGACUAAAUUGAUGGGAGUCGACAGAGCAUGCACCCUAUAAACUACGGGGUGAAUUUUCGGGUAAAUGCAAAGCUGCAGAGAGGUGAUUUUUCAAUGCGAGUCGUUCGGAAUGAAACUGAAUUGCGAAAAGGACGCUUUGAAUUGUGUGGAAGAGGAUUAUGGUGCAAUCGGUACGAGAAACAUUGAAUAGCUAAUCCGAACGUGAGUUGAACCAGUGGUGUUGUGUUCAGUGAUUUAUGAAAAUAAAUAUAGAAUAAUUUAGUGUGCCGGAUGUUCAAAGAGUUUCAGUGGGCUGGAUGUGCAUGAAAGGAUGUGAAAGAGACAUACAAAAUGGGAUGAACAAUUGAAAGUGAUGUGUCAAGAAGCCUACUCAACCGAGGUCGGAAGUGGAGCGGAAGACUUUUCGAGGAAAUCAUUUCACUCAUCAAGGAGGCAAACCCGGUGGCCUAGUUGUACUCUGUCGUCGUCGUCGUCUUCUCACGUUCCAGUAAAUCAUUUCGGGACAAUAACCUUCGCUCCCUGAGUUGUUUUCUUCUUUCAUUUCCCGAUUCCAUCAUCAUUUUUUUUUCUUCUGCCCAGUGGCUAUCUAAAUAACGUCGUGAGGAAAAGGUCGACCAAAAUUUUCGGUGGAGGGGGUUGCAUAAUAUUUCACUUUUGGGGUGAUCUGUUGAAUUGCGGACGCAGUGAAAAGGACAAAGAAGAAAAAUCUUGGAAGGAUCCGUUCUGCUCAUCAAAUUGCCGGUGGAAAUAUUUGGGACAAAACGGCAAACGAAAAAUAAAGAAGAAAGUGAAAGCAAGUGAAAACAAUUUUACUGAACUUAAACCGUUUCCUUACAGCUCAAUAUUUUGCAAAAGGAAGCAUAUUUUUAAUCUUGUGAGUUGUAAAAGGGUGGAAUAAGUGAAUUUUCAAGUGAAGAGCAUUCCGGAAGGCCUACUAGAGCAGAUCAGACAUAAAUUGUUUCUGCCAGGCGGAAAAUGUUCGGCUCUAAACUACGAUCAUGGAUGGAAAAUCACAUCGUGCGUCCCAGAAAAAAAGGCAACAAGAAUAAAAGUGGAAAUAGCAGCAGCAACUUUGGUAUUUUGACCGCACAAAAUGGCCACGCCAAGGGAGUUUCGUACCCAGCGGAAGGCAGCGCCACUAUCGGAAGUCCCGCACGAAGGAGUGAAGUUUCGCCCAUCCAGAAUCACACAACAAGUCGCCGAGGUUGGCAAUCGCCCAGUCAGGACAACGUUCCACCGCUGUCGCCAAAAUCCGAUGAUUAUCACCACUAUCAACUGCAGCACUGUAUCCGAAGUCCACCUCCUGUGGCUAUUUACGGCAAUGGAACGUUACCACCCGGAGCCGGAAAUCAGUACACGUUAAAUCCGUACAGCUGCAGUAGCAGUUCCAACGUCAACGGUUACGUUUCAUACCAUCAAUCUCAGUCUGGUCAACAGCAGCAGCAACAGCAGUACGGUAUAUCUUCGCCGAAAAGUAUUUUGAGAAACGGUCUGAGCACGUUUGAACCCAGCUACGGUGCCGGCAGUGGGAACUAUUCCAAAAGCGUCGACAGCAACUACUCGGACACGAUGUACGGGAUGAAGGAGGACAGCUUUCGAAAGUCUGGGCCCCCAAGUGGCGGAGUGAUGACGAGCAACGGGAGCUACGGUAAUGUGAUGGUGAAUUCGCUAAACUAUUCCACUGCGACCAGUUCCAGUAACGAGCUGUUGGAGGAUUUGCAUCACAUCGAGCAGAACCGAAUGAAACGGGGCCAACAGCACAUAAAAAUCAGCUCCAGCUCGUCCUCUUCGAUCAACUCCAACAACAACAACCUGGUCAACAACAACAGUAUUAUUGGUGGCAAUAACAACACGUACAUCAACAGCAAUGGCUUCGAGGGACAGCAGCGUGCUGUUUGUGAAGGCAAAUACGGGAAACUGCAAACCAUUGGCGGCAAACAUCAGAUCCCUCAGCAAUUUGGAACCAAUGGGGCCUAUUACGAGCAGCACAACAGUAUCAAUAACAAUUUGGUUUAUGGCGUGAACAAACAUCCACCUCAGCCAGGUCAGCUGAAAUCGGGUGCCACCGGUGCCCUUUCACCUCCACCUCCGGUUCGAACUCCAUCUGCCAAUAACAACCCAGCCGGUGUCAAGAGUAAUCGCCUUAUUACAAACCGAGGAAGCAACGGAAAUAACAAUAACAACAACAACAGCUUUGAAAUAUGCUCCGCAAAUAGUGGCGGCGGAAACGCAAACCAAACUGGCGGCAGCAGUUCAACAUUAUCGAGCUUUGCAAACAAAUUUCACAAAUUGACUGGCAGUGGCAGGAACUCUUUCGAUGCAGCUGCCACCAAUAGCAAACUAAAUCAUGUUAACAACAACGGUGCGCCAUCUGUCGGGCCUCCGGUCAUUGUCCACCAUCAGCCAACGUUGCCCCAGACAUCGCAGUGCAAAAAUCAACACCCACCUCAGCCGAAUCAACAGCAGCAGCAGCAACUCCAUCACCAUACCAGCAAUGGUAGCAGUAGCAGUAAUGGUCACCAUCCACACCACGGUCACUCCCAUCCGGUUGGCCAUCACAACACGCUUUCCUCGCCGGAGAGUGCUUACUCCACCGGAUACUCGACCGAUGGUACGUCGCCUGGUGGCUGUUCCUAUGCGCCAGAGUAUUACAUCAACAUCCGGACCGGGACCCACUAUUUUCCCAAAGGACUAACGGGAUGCAGCGGAAUUGGCGUAGGAGGAGGAUUCGUCGGAGGCCACGACAGCGGUAGCAAAUUCAAAUGUGGACUGAACCGCAUAGAGGAGAAGCAUGUCGAGUUUGCUGUCGACGAGAAGCCGUGUCUUUCUCCAAGACAGUGCACCAGCAGCGAGACGUAUGAUUUGGUAAAAGCUUCGAAUGGAAAGGGCUCCUGCGGAAUGGCAAUCCUAAAGCAUAGCUCCACUGCCUGCAAUAAUAGCAACAGCAACGGCUGUAAUAACAACAAUGGCGCCUUAUCACAGCAUCAGCCAAUGCCAAAUGCAGUCGCCAUGAGCCCUAUCAUGCAGAAAAACCUUGGAAUGCAGCAUUACCGGAGCAUUGAAUCCCCAUCUCCAAGACAGCGAUGUCGCAUCCGAACCAAUCCUUGGCUGACGACAAUAGAUGGAUCUCUGGCCAGCACAAGCUUGAAGAAGACCGACCAAGAUUCAGGCUCAACGACCUCGUCCGGCAUCAAGUCCAGCAGCGGCACCGAUGACAAUAGGAAAGACUCCAAGAAAUUCAACGCUCUAUCGGAUUCCGAUUCCAGUUCCUCGACGGAGAAGGUGAUUAGCAAGAAAAUGCUGACACCGCGAAGCACGAAGAAGGCCAUCUCGGAUCUGUCUCGGAUGGAUAGCAAGGCGACAACGUAUUGCUCAAAUCUGGACAGCGAUGAAGAUGCUACACUCAAUGAGAUGAUGGGAAAAUUCGAUGAAAGCUACCACUACGAGAAAGAGACUGAUAUUUUGAGUUGCAGCGAUUCGGAUCCAACUGAUUGUCCAUCGGACAUUGACACCGGUCAGGACGCGGGAGACGAAUGUGACACCGAUGACCUGCUGGACUUGGACUUCAUUGAUACUGGAUCGGUUCAGGAAGUUACCGAUAGAGAAAACUAUCGAAAUACUGGCAGCUGUUCCUACCAUAACUUCCCAGAAAGACGUUCAUCGAAACACCGGGGUCGAAGUAAACGCAACAGCGAAAGUGGUGGUUCAAAGAGACGAAAGAAAUUGGUUCGCACUAGAAAAAAGACAAUCGAUGGCUCAACCGGAGGAUCUGUGCCAGAAAGCUUAUCGAUGAGCAGGGGUUGUCGAAGUCUUGGAGGAACUCCCGUUUCACUGAGGAGAAAUCAAUCUGAGGAGAGAACACCAGCACGAAACGCUCCUCUUUCGAACAGAUGCAAUUCGCUCACAUUCACUGAAGUGCAUUCGCUGCAUAGUCGAAUACUAGCAAUUUCGGAAAGUGAAAAAGCACUACUAAAAGCAGAUCUAGAAGCGGACGUAAAAUACAAGCAACUAAUCCACGAGGCCGAAACGAUACUGUUUUCUAUGAAAACCAACAGUGUGAAGGAACUGAAAGAAAUCAAAGAACCACCAACGAUUUGCAGUCCACGAAGGGUUUGUAAUCCACCUGCGAACAAACGCGUUGAAAUGCUUCGUAACUGUGAAGCAGACCUUAAACGUGAGCUUUCGAAAACAUGCACUCAAAAGUGUGCGGAAAACGGAAACGAACUUAACCCCGUGGAAGGAAUCAUCGUUAACAAAAGACUCGAAGUGCUGCGCUACGAAACCUCUAUCUCAGCACCGAACAGUCCGAAAAAUACACGAGUUAUUCCACGAAAAACCCAUGUGACUAACUUCAUCAACCAGAACCAUUGUCCGGAGCUGGCGCGUCGCCAAAGUGACCACGAAAAUGACCUGAAAAGUGCCAAAAUGUCCCCUCAAGCCACCAUUUACGAGCGGAACAUCGUUCCUCCGAAAUCCCCCGUCAUAACCCGGAGGCGAUUCCGGAGCCAAAGCCCAAAGCUGAACAUCGUAUCGGAUUCCGACUCGGAUACGGACCUGAGCCGAAAUCUUGACAAGAACCUCCACAAGAGCAAAUCCAAUAAGGAGAACAUUUCCUCCACGAGGAAGAACAUUACAGGGAAACAGAUGAACAACUUUAGGCACACGAUCCACGCGGCUGGUUCGGUGGGCGAAGAAUCCGGCUCGACGCUAGUUCCUCCUAGUGGUAAUACUGUGAUCUAUUCGAGCUCGUUGAACGAGAGCGACCUGAAGCGUGGAAUGCACAAAUCACCGCUGAUGUCAUUUCGGUCGGUGGACAUUGGCAAUACGCUAACCGACGACAGCUACUGUCCGCAGAGUGAACCACUGAAGCGCAAGAUUUACUCCGGCAGUUCUACGUUCGAAAAGAUUCAGAGGAGUCUCGAUGCGGAUCCAGAGUUAUCCAAGAAAGCCCUGCUGCACAAAAUCUCCCUGCUGCGACGUGAGCGCCAAGCCAAAUCGAAAAUGGAAAACGCCAAUAACGCAUCCACCAUUUCGGUACACGAACCAGAAUACGCCACAUCGAAAGGUACCGCGGUAACACUAAGUAACGGCGAGAAAGCUCUGUCCAUCGCGAAUGCAGAGAUAACGCUUGGUGACGGUUCCAACUGCGAUGCGGAAACGAAACAGCAACUGAUCAUGGAUACCCUAGCCGAUAUCAAACGAAGUCUCGAGGAUCAAAGCGUUGAGCUCAACGAGCUCAACGACUCGGAUAACUAAGGAAGUACAUACGCACCGGGCUGGAUACAAACACCGGUCGCAACACCUUGUAAUUACGCCAUCUAAACGACUGCGGGGUUCAGUGGAAAGAAAUCCCGAUUGUAGAACGUUAAGUUUAUGUGGGUAUUCAGUUGGUUUUGAUUAUGUUCCACUAUAACUGUAACCUCAUCUAGGUUCAAAUCUUACCAGAGCGUUGAUCAAAUCAACGUUUCCACGUCUGUAGAACAAUUGUUUAAGCGAUUCGAAACUUUUCUAGGCAAAACAUACAAUGAAUUUACUAUCGUUAGAAUAUUAAUAGUUCAUUAUUUAUUGCAGUCGCAUAACGUGAUGAAUACUCGUGGUAAUCUUUCCUUAAACUUUACUUGGAGCUCCUCUUAUUAUCCAAGCAAAAUUGUUCCCUCCGUAUGUAAAGCUAAAGUAGGGCAUUAACCUUCUUUCGACCUAAAUCAUAUAAUGAGCUAGUCAUUUCUACCAAAUAAUACGUAGUUACAGUAGUUGAUAAUGAUUUACAUCUAAAACGAAUACGUAGCGAAAUUCGGCGAAGAAAAAUUCUUGAGAAAAUUGGAGCCUAAAUUUAGUAUUUUGCUACCCGUACUAGACAAAUAUCGUAGAACUGAGUUUUCUAGAAUUUAUCUUUCCAUCCAUUUAGUGUAGAAAUCAGAACAGAAACAAUAAAGAAAUCUUCUCCAUUUUCUAUUGAAUCCAUUAACAAGCUAUAAUCGCUACAACCGAUAGAUAUUGUCGAAUGUUUGAAUAUGUUCUACUCGAAUAUAAACUACUCCGAAUAUAUAGUUUGUAGACAUUUAUGUUUCUUAUCCUUCGAAGGUAACAAUAAAACCAAAUGAUAUAUAUUUAGCAAACGAU